AUGCCGCCGGCGGAAAUCAAAGGUCAGAAGAAUCGAGCUUCCACGAACCAACCAAGUACCGAGGUGGAAAGCAGGCUUGCACGCACCAAUGCUCUGUUGCAGCGGGCGAUGCCCGAAAGAGUCGGCUCGGCGAUCUUAUGUGCAGGAGAAUCUAAGACGCGCACCUGGCAGUCGGACUACUGA